AUGUUGGAAGAAAUAGCUGGCAUGUUUUUGUCAUUAUUUUCGCUUUUCUGGAGCGAUAGACCCCGCGUAUCUUUUCGAGAACAAAUUGACUCGGAAGAAGGAGGGGUAGAUGAUGAUAGAUGGCAACCGUAUAUCAAUGAAGAAUACGAGAACUUUCAUACCAACAAACGGUUAAGCUCAGUGUUGGUUAAUGGAAGAUUAACAGAUUAUACAAGGCUUGAUGGUACUUCGUCUGGACGGAGGACUUAUUGGGAGUCGAUUCGGAGAAGUUUAUGGACAACUCUGAGAAUUACGUUCGCUAUAUUCAUACCGACAACUUUGACACUGGCGUUUCUUUUUAUUGAUUUAAACACAACGGAUCUUUGUUUGGAGUGGCAAUAUCACAAUAACACUUUACCAUUUUCUGUAAAACGACUUCGUUUGAUCGGUGACAGUGUUGAAGCGGUGAUAACCAAUCUUUGGUUUCCGCUAACAAUGGUAGUUUUAUUUGGAUGGAAAGAGUUUAAACUGAGGUUUUUGUCCACCUUUUACGUCGCUUUUAUCUUCGGAGAAACGACAGUAAUUUAUUACUUAUUUUUGCUAGUAUUUGGUGUCUACGGUACGAGCGUGUAUUACAGAUAUUCUGCAAAUGCGCUGUUCUUUAUUGGUAUAAUCUGCUGUUGCAUUCUCGUGCUUCGCAAUAUCCGAGCGAACCGAUCGAGGAAUCAUACAUUGUCCUAUUCUAAGUUUCAUAUUUUGGCUUUAGUUUCAGCAGAGUUCAUGGCAUGUUCUGUACUGGCAGUGACCUACAGAUACGCUAUAGUGCCUUUUUUUAAUAGCGUAAAACAAGAAAUUUACAAAUUCUUGGUAGCUGUGAUGGUGCCAGGAUUAACCAUUAUCCCUGCGGCAAUUUGUAAGCACAUAGCGUUGAGACGAAGCUCCGAGGUUGUACACCCCGGCCGGAGUUUUGUCCUAGUGUACAUUAUCCGAGUAUACAGUAUACUCUUAUACCGCACAAUGCAAGCAGAUUUGAAAAACAUUCGGCUUUUUAUUGGGUUAUCUCUGUUCUCUGGUUUUCUGAACUUUUUGGAAAAGGCGACCCAUCGAAUACGGAUGAAAUUGUGGACAUAUAUUAUCUCACUUUUGAAUCGAACUGCUUGCUGUCAGGGGCUCAAUGAAUUGCCUCAAGAUACACCGCAUUAUAGACGGUUAAAAGCGGACUUAGAAAUUCAAGAUAUGCUUUUUGAAUACAGUACACUUGUUUUAAGCCAAGGUUACUUCGUGUUGUACUUUGUAGAAAGUUUUCAACUUUCGGUGUCGUCUUUCUGUUUGGAAUCUCUGAAAAGAGUUGCAAUUGGCAUGGGAAUCGACUUCUUUUUCAAUUGCCUUUCAAAUUUUGUGCAAAUCCAUUACUACAAUAUUCCAGUUGGUCGCGUUUGGACGAAGUACUGGAAGCGACAUAGGUUGGCUAACUUCAUCAUCGUCAUUGUGAUAGUGUCAUACUUCAGCCCCGUCCUUGCUUCGGUUUUUCAAGCACGGGAGACUGGGACAAGUAACACACAGUAUAUAGUCAGAAAUUGUACAUUUUUCUAG